GGACGGGCGGUGGCGGGGAGGGAGGUGCGGCCGGCCUGGCAGGGAGGCGGGGAAGCACCGGCGCUGCCAGUGGCUCCCCCGCUCCGCGGUCCGGCGGUUCCGCGGCGCUGCCCGUGUGGCGGAGCCGCUGCUGAAGCCGAUGGGGAGGCGGCGCUGAGCGGGCUGCCCCCCGGGGGAGGUCGGCAGCCGGGGGCAGCGGCGCGGCGGGCGAGCGAUGCCCCGCACUUUUCUGCUAGCGCUGCCCUUCCUCCUCCUCCUCCUCCUCCCUCUCCUGAUCCCGGCUUUGAAGCUUUUGUUUUCCCCGGCCGCUGCGAUGGCAGGAAACUUCCCGGAGGGAUGGGCUCAGGCCGGGCUUGUGCUGCGCUGGGCUCCGCGGGGCACCGGCCGCGCCGUGAGGUUAUUUGGAAAGGGAAUUCUGUGCUGAACAGAACAGCACAAGAUGACUUAUGAUUCCUGCCCUUCAUGGGAGCCUGUCUGGAUUGAAAGUUGCAUAUGAGUGAGAACCUUGCUUGAGAGAAAAUGUGCAGUAAUCUUCAGUACUGGAAUGGAAAAAAAGUGAUUGUGUGAUGCUUUUUUGCAUCUGAAAAGAAUCAGUGAGAGUACGUGUUCCAAAAGUGAGAAUGCUGUGACAAAAAAGGUAUCUGCCUCUUGCAUGAGUACUUUGACCAUCAAUAUGUUUACCUACUCAAGCUGCCAGAACAUGGUCAUCUUUUACAAGCUAUGUGAUUACCAUUUGGGAAUGACGCUGGCUUUGAAAUUACAGGAUCUGUCUUUCUCAAAGAUCGAGUGAGGACUGAAAUGAAAUGGCUGUGAAGUUACCUUAUUGCUUCCUUUUUUCUGCUUAAAUUUCUAUCCCUACAUAAUUUUUGGGAAGUUGGAGGAGGGAUGGAGGCACAGGUUUAAUAAGCUUAUGGUAGAAGCCUUUUUUUAAAAAAAUGUAUAUAUGACUGCUACAGAAGUGAUAUGCUUUAAUUUAUUGGCUAAAAUGCCAAUCACUUUUAGAACAGAUGGGAGCCAAGCAACAGCCUAACUAGCUUGCCUUCAGGUUAGAUAAAUGUAACUCCAAAACACAUUUGAGCAUGCAGAUUCAGUAUGUGGUGCAUGGAGAGAUUUCAUACCUCAGAGUGAUAAACAGAGUACGGAGAAGGGUGCUGCCAGGAAGCCAUCAGUCAGGAAACAAUGACACAGGAGUGUCUUUCUACCUGGGUUCCAAAGCCUGCAGUUCUCUCAUUAGGUUAGGUGUUCUCUUUGCAACAGUUGAUCUCCACUCACUCUUUUGUCCUUCUUGAAAAGACGAUAUGGCUGAUGACUUACGCAACAGGCAGAUGGCUAACACUCGCUUCCCACUUCAAGCACUUGCCUAUGUCCAGGCAGCAGCUUGCAUGAUGUCAUUCUCCUCCUCUCCUCUUAACACUAAGCUUCACACUGAGGGGAGAAAGCACAAAACAGGAGAUCGUUAUUUGCUUAGACAGCUGGGAGGGUGAGGGAGCGUACGUUAGAUUGUUUUUCUUAGUCACUUUUCCUGUGUUUGUUAGGAAUAGUCUAUAGACAACUAUUAGUCCUUUGUUAUAUACUGGGUGCUACUGGCUUGAGAAAUGCAGGGUAGCACAGUCUUUUUGUCUAAAGGGUCCAGAACACUUUGGCUCAGACUCCUCUUUUCUGGUUCCUUGUGUUUAGAAGGACAAUUUGUGAUAAAGCAGUAUUUUCUAAAACUUUGAUUCUUUACCUUAGAACAUUUGCGGUUGGUUGUUUUCUCUUUAGAGCUUUUAUGAUACAUGUUAUCUAAGGCUCUGCUGAACUUCAUAAUUCAGAUCGUAAAGUUUUGUGGCAUCAAUGUGUUUAAAGAGCUGUAAACAACCUAAGUGAGCAAAUUCUGUUGUAUAUGUUUAAAGUAACUCAAGUAACUGCAUGUAUGUGCUCAAAAUGUCUAUUCAAAUCAGAUGGCCGUGUACCUCUUGCAGUCAGAAGAGAGAGGUAGGUGCUUCAUGAGGGGGAUUCACCUCUUCCCGACAUGGACAUCUCUAUAAAGAUCAUGUGAAAUAUGUCAUAAAUUGCCUUCUAAAUCCACAGAAGUUCUAUGGCAUCCACAGCAUCCUGUGGCAAGUAUUUUCAUAAUUAAUUGUGAAAUAAUAAUUUCCGGUUCCGGGCUCCUCAUUUCAAGAGAGAGAUGGACAUACUGGAGAGAGUCUAGUGAAGGGCUACAAAGGCUGGAGCCUCUUUCCUGUGAGGAAGGGCUGAGAGAGUUGGGACUGUUCAGCUUGGAGCAGAGAAGGCUCAGGAGGAUCUUACCAAUGUAGAGAAAUACCUGUAGGGAGAGUGCAAAGAGGACAGAGAAGAGGCGCUUUUCAGUGGUGCCCAGCGAUCGGACCAGAGGCCAUGGGCACAAACUGAAACACAGGAGGUUCCCCCUAAACAUCAGGAAACACUUUUCUUCCACUGUGAGGGUGACCAAGCCCUGGCAUAGGUUGCCCAGAGAGGUUGUGGAGUCUCCAUUCCUGGAGAUACUCAAAAGUCAUCUGGACAUGGUCCUGGGCAUGGACUCUAGGUGUCUGCUUGAGCAGAGGAGUUGGACAAGAUGAUUUCCAGGGGUUCCUUCCAACCUCAGCCAUUCUGGGAUUUUGUAAUUCCUUUGGCUUUUCCUAUUCUUACAUUAUGAGAGACAGCACUUUCCCUCUGCCACUAAUUCUGUAGGCCUCUAUGAUACUUUUUUUUUUCAGUCACUUUUGAAUGGAGAUCUGGUGGAGCAGAACUGAAUAUAGUACUAAAGAAAAGAGAUGCCAUGGAUGUGUAUUGUAGCAGGUAGUGGAUAUAAAUAUACAGCAUAUGUGGGUAGCUCCUGCUUUUCUUCUCUGUUUCUUUGCUAACAAUUCUGAACACUUGGCUGAUGUUUUAAUAGAGUAGAUUAUCAAAACUUGAAGAUCUGUUUUUCUGCUGGAUGGUAAUAGUUGGUUUAGCAUCUGUUACUGUGCAGAUAACUUCUUUUUUUUUUUUUUUUUCUAUACAUCCAUAGCUUUACCUCUAGCAACAUGGAAUUUUAUCUGGCAGUCUAUUAGCUUGUCACUAACUGUCAUGAGAUUCCUCUGUACCUCUGUAUAGUUGACCUUUGUUUUUAUUAAAUUGCUCUGAAAAACAGUUCAUGUUGAUCAUCAGCAAAUGUCGUGGUUUCACGUUUCCCUCUUCUCCCCUAUCGGUUGAAGAGCUUGAACUGCGGUACGGACUUUGUUUGCAGGAUCAUUCUAGUGACCUUUUUUUACUGCAAAACUAACUGUUCCUUCUUUUGAUUCCUGUUUUAAACCUAUUGUCUGUGAGAGGGCUUUAUGUUUUUCUGAUGGCAGGUUAGCUUCUUGGAGACACCUUGUCAAAACCAAUCAGAAAUGCAAAAGUUACCUUAGCUGGCAUAUUGCUAACAGAGCUCUAAAAGAUACUGCCCUGGGGAUCUAACCUUCUGUACUCUGUGAUUUUAAAUCCAGAAUUAUUCGUUGAAUUUGUGCUCUUUUGCAGUCCCUGCAGAACGCUACAGCUUCCUUCCCUCUUCAGUAUUCUUCGUUUGUGGAGUCAUAAACCUUGGUGGAACUUUGGAUGGAAAUACUGACAUGAAUUUAAGAACUUUGAUGCUUUCAGAUGUUGAAUUUUGAUUUGUUAAAUGACCAGGAAUAAGAUACUGCCUGAACAAGAUAAAAUGCCUUGAAGACCUUUGGUUUUGCUUUCAUUUCUCCUGGAGCAAUGGUUUUCUCAGCAAUGUUGACACUGGCCCACUCUGGGACCUCAAAUGCUACUUUUAUUGUUUAUGAAAAUGCCUAUACGAAUUUUACCACUCCCCAGUUCUUGCUUCGUAGUGGCACAACACAGCCAUUGAGAUAUAGUUCAGGUGCCGUGCUCACCACUGAGAGAAGUACUUUUCUGGUAAACACAACAGCUACCCUGCCAUCACAAGAAGUUUUCAGGAGCUUGAGUUUGCCACUCCAGAUCAUUCUUUCUGCUGCUAUGAUAUUUAUCCUAUUGGUUUCUUUCCUUGGAAAUUUUGUUGUCUGCCUCAUGGUCUACCAGAAGGCAGCUAUGCGAUCUGCAAUUAAUAUCCUCUUAGCAAGCCUGGCUUUUGCAGACAUGCUGCUGGCAGUGCUGAACAUGCCUUUUGCUCUGAUAACAAUCAUUACCACUCAGUGGAUUUUUGGGGAUAUAUUCUGCAGAGUCUCUGCUAUGUUCUUCUGGCUUUUUGUCAUAGAGGGGGUAGCCAUUCUUCUUAUUAUUAGUAUUGACCGAUUUCUUAUCAUAGUUCAGAGGCAAGAUAAACUGAACCCUUACCGUGCAAAGAUUCUCAUUGUGAUUUCCUGGGCGGCAUCCUUUGUUGUCGCUUUUCCGUUAUCAGUAGGGAAUCCUAAUCUGCAGAUACCCUCAAGAGCACCUCAGUGUGUUUUUGGCUACUCUACGAGCCCAGGUUACCAAGCCUAUGUGAUAGUUAUCUUGCUAAUUUCUUUUUUUAUUCCAUUCCUGGUAAUGCUGUAUUCUUUUAUGGGCAUACUCAACACCGUCCGUCACAAUGCAGUUCGUAUCCAUAGCCACCCUGAUAGCAUAUGCCUCAGCCAGGCCAGCAAACUUGGUCUCAUGAGCUUACAGAGACCUUUUCAGAUGAAUAUUGAUAUGAGCUUUAAAACUCGUGCCUUCACAACCAUCUUGAUCUUGUUCCUUGUCUUCAUAGUCUGUUGGGCACCCUUCACCACUUACAGCCUUAUUGCCACAUUCAACAGCCACUUCUACUAUAAGCACAACUUUUUUGAGAUAAGCACUUGGCUCCUUUGGCUCUGCUACCUCAAGUCUGCACUGAACCCGCUGAUUUACUACUGGAGGAUUAAGAAGUUUCACGAUGCAUGCUUGGACUUGAUGCCCAAAUACUUCAAGUUUUUGCCACAGCUACCUGGCCAUACAAGGCGGCGCAUUCGACCCAGUGCCAUCUAUGUGUGUGGGGAGCAUCGGUCGGUGGUGUGAAGCUGUGGUUGUUUGACAAUGAUUGUUAUCUUCUGGGAUUAUUUUUUUUAGGCUUUAGGUUGAUUUUUUUGUUUUGUUUAAUAUGGCUUCUUUGGUGUGGCCAUAUCUUAUAACUUGAUUAAAUUUUCCAGUACUCUGUGCAAUUUGGGGAGGAAAGAUAGAGGGAGGGAAAGUGAUUGGUUAUAGCUGGGUUUACUACCAGAAUACAAUGUAAACAAAAUAACAAAUGUUACCUCUAGGAUUCCAUGGAAAUCCAUUCUUUUAAAUGAAAACUACAUUUGUAACAUUUUGUCAGGUUUAUGCUUACUAGGCCUGCAAUUGCAUCUAAUUGUAGGGACUUUUUAUGCUGCUAAGAUACAGUAUAUUUAGUUGGUGUAAUUUUUCUGAAAAAAUGUUGCUGCUGUCUGCCAAUAUAUUAGAGCCAAAAAGUCUCAUUAGAUUACUUCUAUUUAAUUUUAACAAUAUUUCAGAAGUUUUCAUGGUGACACUAGAAACUUUUUUCUUUUUUUAAUAUUCCCAUUUAUUUUUUUGUGCACUUUACAAAAUUUACUAUGGAAUUUGUUCAUUGGAAUAUUCUGUAUUGAAGGGUGGUAUUAUUAUUAUUAUUAUUUUUAGUUGUUAUUUUGGUGAAUUUCAAUGAAAGACCCAUGUAAGCUCUAGGAGGGCAAUUUAUGUUGGUAUAGCUACAUGCACAGUCAUAGAUUUGCUGUUUUUGUAACAAUUGAUCAAAAGUAGCAUUAACUGCUCAGUUAUCAGGGGAGUUGGAAGGAGAAAAUGGAAGAAUGAAAGGAAAAGAAAGCAAUGAAAAUACCGUGUCCUGAGGUUCAGGCUAAUAAUACAAGAUUUAGAAAAACAGACUUCAUGUGAAAACUCAUGGGGGAAGGGAUGGCUGUAAUUGUUACUUCAGGUUGUUACAAGCUGCCCAAACCUAAUGGCAUGCCUGAAAACCUAUCCCAAAUUGUGACUUUGGGCCUGCACUCUGCUCUGUGUCGGUGUAAUGCUGGUUUGGCUUGGAACUCAUACUAGGCUAGGUGUGCCCUACGCUGCGGAAAUCAUGCUGUCAGGCGUUUGCUGGGAUAGAAUUAGGAGUAGUAGGGUAACCCAGCAAACAAAUAGCAUGUGAACCAUAGCUGAGGCUAGGGCUUAGUCUAUGUAGUAAUGACUGGGGAAAAAAGUCCUCAACUUCCUUGUUUUCCAGUUUAAGUAUUAGACUGAAACCAUAAGCUAAUAAUAACGUUUGGCCAGCAGAGUUUGCUAGGGGUGUAAGUUAAAUUCCCCUUUUCCCUCCGAUACUACUUUACAUUCAUUUUUUGUUGCCCCUUUUCCACUGUAAUGCCUGCUGCCUCAAGGGUUAACUUUGCUGUUCUCAUCUCUUAGGCAUCAGCUUCUCUCCCUGAAAUGCCAAACCACCUUUCUGAUUAAUGUCAGGCUGUCUUGGUACCUGCCUGGAAAGCAGAAAGACACAGGUUUUCCUUGAAGAUAGCAAUCCAGACUCAGACAUUUUGGGUUUUUUUUAACCAGCUAAAUAAAUAUUUAAUGUGAGGUAAAUGAAAUUAAGACCUAGGUUUGGGUUUUGAAGUGAAAUUCCCAGUUGUUCUGAGGCUGGGGAAGAAUGCCUGCAGAAUUUUUGUGUCCUUGCAGUGAGCUUUUUGGGGCAGUCUGUGACCAAGUACAGGAGGAUUAAUGUACAACAAAGUUAUCAACCAGGGCUAGGGUUUGGGAUUCCCUUUCUUCCACAUCUCUUUCAGUGCCCCAAAGCAUGGGGAUGUCUUCAUAAUUCUUGUACCCGAGGAACAAAUAAUAGCAAUGUUAUCUGUUUCUAUCCAUGCAGUACAGGGCAUUUGUGUAUGAGGGAAAUGCCCUGUACUGUGUGGAUAUCUAGGGACUGCUUGCUUCCUGAGGCCAGCUAAACAUUCACACCCCAGAUUUUAUUUAGGUCUUCAGUUAAGAACUAACUUAACAAUUUUCUCUGUUCUUCUCAUCAACAACUACUGGUAAAAGUCUUGGCAAUAUUUAAAAUUUAGGAGUAUAAAAGGAACAAUUUUGUAUUAAUAAUUUCAUUUUUUUAAUAAAAGCUGCUAGCUGAGGUUGUGGGUUAUGUGUAAAGGCACCCAGGCAGUGGCGAUGUUAUUGAUGUCUAUGCUUUCCAUUCCUUGCCAGCUUCACUGAUGGUGGUAUGGAUUUUUCUGAUCAAAAUGACAGGCAGUAAAGGAGUUCCACUGUAAAACAGUGUUUUAGCAUGUCUUUGCAGUAUAGCUUUUAUUUCUCAAUUACAUUCACAUUGAUAGCGGAAGUUUAUGACCUGGUUAGUAUGGAUUUUCUGUUUCAGAGUUGUCAUGCCUCUUUAUCUCUGAAAGCAGCAAAGUUGUGCUUAGAGCUAACGUAACUGUCUAAGGAGCUGAUGCUACUGUCUACGGUGGCAGGAACAGGUAUUUUUGCUGUCUUCCAGAGACAUAAUGUAAGAGGUUUGAAUAAAUGUCAUAAAACAAGAAGUAAAGAUGAUGAGUAAUACAGUUAGUGAAAUGACUUUCUUGAAGGGAGAGGGGAAAACAUUUUGUGGGGAUUUCAUAACCUCUGAUAAGUACUGGCUGUGAAGUAGAACUUGCAAACAUCAAAGAAAGUUAAUUUGUCUUGAUAAUUUAGUGUUUGUUUGCACUGACUGUAACAGGGUUUCCACUCAGAGCUGCGUCUGCCAAUACUUGGAGAAAAGAAACCCAGGUUGUGUGGCCCAAAUUCAGAGGUGACUUACGUGGUGAUCCAGUAUUCACACUUACCAGGUUUUAGAGGUGAUCAGAGCAUACAGAGAACAAAAGGGUGUUAAGAAAAAGAAACGAGGUGGCAUAGAAGUAUCCCCAGAGUAAUUGUUUACAGAACCAUUUGGGCUAUUGUGUCUUAUAUACUGUCUUUAGAGCAGUGCCUUGAUAAUUACAGCUGAAGUCCUAGGACCAAGUUGAAGACUGCUAAACUGCUCAGUCUUGCUGUCUGUGAUCCCGCCAAGAUCAGCAUAACUGUGCUAAAGUUUGUAAUGGUAAAACGCAUACGUGUUGGCAGGAUUGGGGCUACUGAGGUGGUUUAGUGGGCUUGACCUUGACCAAGACCAAGGAUUUUAAAAACUGAAAUUGAUCCUUCUUGAUUCUACUGGGGAAUUAUAAUUUUCUUCCUCUCCAGAAAUGAUACUCGUUACUAAACUGUAUUCCCUCAUGUUACAUUUUCAGAAAUCUUUGGUAUGGAGGAUUGAAAUGAAUGUAUUUUGAAAUAUGUUGCGGUUUCAUUCGUUCUGUCAAAGCAUGCUGCUUACACAAGUCUCAUUUGUACAAAUCUAUUGCUAAAAUUAUUCUUUUGUACUCAAAGCUGUGUAUUUUUGACAUUUCUUCUUACUCAUGUGAAAACUUUAUGUAUAUAGCGAAGAAAAUUGGUUUGCCUCUUACUGCUUUCUGUUACUAAUUUUUUCACUUGUAUGCUUAAUGCUUUCAUAUUUUCUUUUAUCUGGGCAUAUGCAUAAACAACCACAAGAUUUCAGUGGCCUUUCUGCAGCCGUUUGAGAUUUUUAGUUCUCAAAUCAUUCAACAAUGCCCUCCUUGAAAGAGAUUUUUAUUUAUUUUUGUGUGAAAAGUAAAAAUUGAGAGCACAGGUUUGUAGCGGCUGGAAUGGUGAGGAAUUUAAGUCCAGUUUUCCAGGAGCCACUACUUUGCUAUUAUGAACUGGUUUGAUUUUUUUUUCUUUUGAGGAGUAGUCAUUUUCUGAUGUGGAGAAACCUUGAAUUACUGUUUUAAAAUAAGCUGUUAAGUAGAAUGGCGUUGUCUUUUCUGUACAUAUUACACCUGUGAAAAUACCUGAGAAACAAAAGAAAAGAAAAAAUAAACAUGAACAUUCUCCAAAAAUGUAGCAAAA